UUGGAGACCCCCACGGGCUGCUUGGAGACUCCCACGGGCUCCUUUGAGGAUCCCACGGGCUGCUUGAGACCGCCACGGGCUGCUUGAGACCCCCACGGGCUGCUUGAGACCCCCACGGGCUGCUUGAGACCGCCACGGGCUGCUUGAGACCCCCACGGGCUGCUUGAGACCCCCCGCCCGUCACUCCACGCCGACAUGCCGCGGUCCUUCCUGGUGAAGAAGCAGCACGGGGCCAGGAGAGCACCCCACGGGAGACCGGACCCGGAGACUGCAGUGGCCCCCUGCAGCACCCACGAUGACAUCACCCCUCACCACGAUGACAUCACCUCUCACCACCACGAUGACAUCACCCCUCACCACCACAAUGACAUCACCUCUCACCACCACGAUGACAUCACCCCUCACCACCACGAUGACAUCACCUCUCACCACCACGAUGACAUCACCUCUCACCACCACGAUGACAUCACCCCUCACCACCACGAUGACAUCACCCCUCACCACGAUGACAUCACCUCUCACCACCACGAUGACAUCACCUCUCACCACCACGAUGACAUCACCUCUCACCACCACGAUGACAUCACCUCUCACCACCACGAUGACAUCACCUCUCACCACCACGAUGACAUCACCCCUCACCACCACGAUGACAUCACCCCUCACCACGAUGACAUCACCUCUCACCACCACGAUGACAUCACCCCUCACCACCACAAUGACAUCACCUCUCACCACCACGAUGACAUCACCCCUCACCACCACGAUGACAUCACCUCUCACCACCACGAUGACAUCACCUCUCACCACCACGAUGACAUCACCUCUCACCACCACGAUGACAUCACCUCUCACCACCACGAUGACAUCACCUCUCACCACCACGAUGACAUCACCUCUCACCACCACGAUGACAUCACCCCUCACCACCAUCGUCCAGCCCCCAGCCCACGGCUCCAGCAGAGAGCCCAGUCCCUCUCCUCCGGUCCUCUUUCUCCCGGAGCAGAGCGACUGCGUCUUCCAUCUUCUCCAGACACCUCCCCUCUCUCCUCUCCAGAGGCUGACAGCAGGAGCUCUGCAGGUUCCUCCGAACCGGCUGAAUCCUGUACCAAAGUGAACCUGGAGGUCCAAUGUGUCGCAGGAGACCACAGGAGGAGAGAGAGCCUGGCCCCUUCGGCCCUCCCUCUCCUAGCCCUCUUUCCAACCAUUCCUUCCGGCGGUGGCCGCCAUGAGUGCUUUGAGUGUUUGGACUGCCAUAAAGAGUACUUGAGCUUCUCCAGCCUGACCAAACACAGGCAGCUCCAGUGUGAGUGGAGCUGUAAGAAGUACUUCAGCUGUAAGUACUGCGAGAAGGAGUACGUCAGCCUGGGAGCACUCAAGAUGCACAUCCGCACACACACACUGCCCUGUGUGUGUGCGCUCUGUGGCAAGGCGUUCUCCAGACCCUGGCUGCUUCAAGGACACACACGAACACACACAGGAGAGAAACCCUUCUCGUGCCUCCACUGCAGCAGAGCCUUUGCGGACCGAUCCAACCUGCGAGCUCACCUCCAAACCCACUCUGAGGUGAAACGGUACCAGUGUGCCAGCUGCUUCAAGACCUUCUCCAGGAUCUCGCUGUUAGCCAAGCACCAAGAGGCUGGCUGCCCGCUGUCCUGACCCGGCUCCAAAACACUCGUCUGUAGAGUUCCUCUGAACUGGAUCGGAGUCACUUCACUGUACAAACUAACGUGUAUUUUUUAAGGGUUCACAAGCUUGCACAGAUUGAGUGAGCAUACAUGGAACAGUCUCAAAUGUAUGUCGAUCAUUUCUUUGCCCUCACUGCCCGGUACCAGUGAUGUUAGAACUUACUGACUAGAACUAGUGCUGAAGUAGCAGUUA